UUUGAACCUUUUCUGUGACCCGGAACAAAAACACCAACAACAUCCUAAAGUGUCCUCCAGUGAGUUAACAGAUCUAAGUGUUUAUAAAGUGUUAGUUUAUAACUUCAGAGUUUCUCUAUGAGUUCUUCUGCUCUUCUCAGACUUCAUAUGAAGGAUCAAACUGGACCCUUGAUUCUGGACGGAGGUCUGGCGACAGAACUGGAGUCUCAAGGAGCCAAAUUAAAGGGAGAUCCUCUCUGGAGCGCCAGACUUCUACACACCGAUCCUCAGGCCAUCAGAGACGCUCACUACAGGUUUCUGCUCAGCGGUGCUGAUGUCAUCACAACCGCCACGUACCAGGCGUGUAUCCCAGGAUUCAUCAGCCACCUGGACGUGAGCGCUGACGGCGCCAGACAGCUGCUGAUGUCUGGAGUCCAGCUGGCCAGAGACGCCGUGGAGAGGUUCGUCUCCGACACUCGACCAGCAGGGCGGUGGCGUCCGUUGGUGGCGGGCUCUGUCGGAGCGUACGGCGCCUUUCUGCUCGACGGCUCCGAGUACACCGGAGCGUACGCAGACGACAUGACUGUUGAUGAGUUUAAAGUUUGGCAUCGGCCUCAGCUGGAAGGCCUCGCAGCAGCCGGAGCUGAUCUCAUCGCUUUUGAGACGAUCCCCAGCAUUAAAGAGGCAGAGGCUCUGGUGGAGCUGCUCAGAGAGUUCCCCAACUCUAAAGCCUGGAUCGCCUUCUCCUGUAAGGAUGGGAGGUGUAUAUCCGACGGCAGCCCGUUCACCGACGCGGUGCGGGUAGCUAACAGAUCCACUCAGCUGGUUGCUGUGGGAGUGAACUGCUGCUCAGCGGCGCUGGUGGAGCCGCUGCUGGACUCUGCCGGGUCCCUGCUGAGCCCAGACCUGAGCUGGGUGGUGUACCCCAACAGUGGAGAGGACUGGGACACGGAGCAGGGGUGGCUGACAUCUGGGAACACAUCAGCAUCGAUACCUGACCUGAGUCACACCUGGAUGAAGCAAGGUGCUGCUUUGAUAGGCGGUUGCUGCCGUAUCGGUCCCGCUCACAUCGCAGCGCUCCGACGAGAGUUAAAAGGAAGCAGCCCGUCAGCAGUGUGACGGGACUGAAACGGUAAAAGGUGACUGUUGAGAGAAGAAAGACGUCUGUCCCAGGAGUUUAUAAUUUUUUUUUUUAAUUUAUUGUAAAAUCAGUAAUAAAUAAACCUCUACAUCAAAUCACACCACGACGUCUGUCAGAGACCAAACAAACUGAUCUGUACAUGAACAUGAGAAUAAACCAUGCAGGCUUCA